UAUAGCCGGUGUCCUUGCGGGGCAGGUCGGGAGACCCCGCCAUGCGAGCGCGUGAGUGGAGCUCGGGGGCUUUGGGAGCCGCGCGCCUUGCUGAGCCGAGCCGCCAUUUUGUAAAGCUGAGUGUGAGAGAGUGGAGGGCAAGAUGUCCACUGAAGAAAUGGCUACCGAACAUAUGAAUGGAAAUGGUACAGAAGAGCCGAUGGAUACUUCCACUGCCGUUGUUCGAUCAGAACACUAUCAAACUUUAUUAAGUGCUGGUUUACCAAAAAAAGUAGCAGACAAGCUAGAUGAAAUUUAUUUAGCAGGUUUGGUUUCUCAUAGUGAUUUAGACGAGAGAGCAAUUGAUGCCUUGAGGGAAUUCAACGAAGAAGGUGCAUUGUCAGUACUACAACAGUUUAAGGAAAGUGAUCUUUCCCAUGUUCAGAAUAAAAGUGCCUUUCUAUGUGGAGUAAUGAAGACUUACAGACAGAGGGAAAAGCAAGGAUCUAAAGUGACAGAUGCUAAUAAAGGCCCAGAUGAGACAAAAAUUAAGGCCCUCUUAGAAAGAACAGGAUAUACACUUGAUGUCACUACAGGGCAAAGGAAGUAUGGUGGCCCUCCUCCACUUACGAUACAUUCAGGUCCUCAACCUAACAUUGGUACUGAGAUAUUUGUAGGCAAAAUACCAAGGGAUCUCUUUGAAGAUGAACUUGUCCCUUUGUUUGAAAAAGCUGGGCCAAUAUGGGAUUUGCGUCUGAUGAUGGAUCCACUGACUGGCUUAAAUCGAGGGUAUGCUUUUGUCACCUUUUGCUCCAAAGAAGCAGCACAGGAAGCAGUCAAAUUGUGUGAUAACCAUGAAAUUCGGCCUGGCAAACACAUUGGUGUUUGCAUUUCUGUGGCGAAUAACAGACUUUUCGUUGGAUCCAUUCCAAAAAGCAAGACAAAGGAACAGAUUAUGGAAGAAUUUGGUAAAGUUACAGAGGGACUCACAGAUGUGAUCCUUUACCACCAACCAGAUGACAAAAAAAAGAAUAGAGGAUUCUGUUUCUUGGAGUUUGAAGAUCAUAAAUCUGCUGCCCAGGCCAGGCGCAGGCUUAUGAGUGGAAAAGUGAAGGUUUGGGGCAAUGUCGUAACAGUGGAAUGGGCAGAUCCUAUAGAGGAUCCAGAUCCGGAGGUCAUGUCAAAGGUGAAGGUGCUGUUUGUUCGUAACCUGGCCAGUACAGUAACUGAAGAAUUACUAGAAAAGACCUUUAGCCAAUUUGGCAAGCUGGAGCGGGUGAAGAAGCUGAAAGAUUAUGCUUUCAUUCACUUUGAUGAACGAGAUGGUGCAGUAAAGGCUAUGGAUGAAAUGAAUGGGAAAUAUUUAGAAGGUGAAAAUAUUGAAAUUGUUCUUGCUAAGCCACCAGACAAGAAGAAAAAGGAACGACAGGCUCAGAGGCAAGCUGCUAGAUCUCAGCCGUAUGAGGAUUAUUAUUACUACCCUCCUCCCCGCAUGCCGCCUCCAACACGAGGCAGAGGACGUGGAGCCAGAGGAGGUUACAGCUAUCCUUUAGAUUAUUAUAGUUAUGAAGAUUAUGAUUAUUAUGGCUAUGAUUACCAUGAUUAUCGUGGAGGAUAUGAAGACCCGUACUAUGGCUAUGAUGAUUAUCAGACAGCUACUAGAGGAAGAGGUGGCAGAAGUGGAAGAGGUACCCCUCUUGCCAGAGGUCGUGGAGUUUCCCAACCACGUGGAAGAUCUGGAUUCACACCGCGUGGUCAAAUGGCAGGGAGAGGUGCUCGUGGUGCAAGAGGGGGUCCCCAGGCGCAGCAAAGAGGCCGCGGGGUACGUGGUGUGAGGGGUGGCCGCGGUGGAAAUGUAGGAGGCAAACGAAAAGCUGAUGGGUACAACCAGCCAGAUUCGAAGCGGCGCCAGACCAAUAAUCAGAACUGGGGCUCCCAACCUAUUGCUCAGCAACCGCUCCAAGGUGGUGAUUAUUCUGCAGGAAAACGAGGUCGAGGCCGGUCCUGACCUGUUUUGAUGACGACUGACUUGCUAUGUGGAGGUUACACUUGAAGCUGCUAAUGGAGAUGAUGGUAAGAUUCCAGACCAUGACGCCAAAUGGAGACCAGGAACAGCCAAGGAAAUGAAGAGCUUCAGAUUUAAACAUAUAUGGACUAUAAUUUUUAAAUUUUGUAUAACAAAUGUAACUUUUUGUAAUGUACAGAGGUAGUGGUGGGUGAUGACCUUGAAGUUUAUCUAGAGAUUUCAUAAUGUUCAGAAGAUUCAUUCAAUGCCAGGCCGCUCAGAAGACUUAAAACUGUGCACAAUCACAUUCAAGUUCAACUGAUUGAUAUAGUACUAUUGUUAUUGCUCAUCACUACCUCACACAACAGUUCUGUAAGUCAUUAUUCCUGAAGAAGAGAACUGCUUGCAGAUGGAAGUGUAAUCGCCAAAAUUUCAGGUAGUCGAGCAUUCCAGAAAAUGGUUCUUUUCUGAACCCAUUUUUUUUUUUUAAAAAGGGUUGGUUAACUACCUCAGUCGCCGAGGAUUAAACUACCCUAUGUGUACUGUAAAUAGAGAACUGUAAGACAAGAGCAAAGCUUGUUUUGUUGUAUUUGCCCACAAAGGAGAUCUAUUGUAUUUUAUUGCUAGUCUGGGUUUUCUUUCAUUCAGCCCCUCAAAUUAGUUCUGGCUAAAGUGGGGUGUAUAAAGUUAUAGUGUGGCUCUAUAAUUUUUACAAAUGACCAGAAACAAGUCUUGCUUUUGUCUCUAUUAAACUGAAAUUGCUGUCCUGCUUUUUCAGAUAUUAUAGUUAGCUUUAGGUUGUAUGAUAGUUGAAGGAGAUGUUACUUUUGUAAGUACCAAAAUGUUGAAAAUUGAAAUUUCAAUUUGACUGCAAACCAUACAUUCUGAAAUAAAGUACAAUAUCCCUUUUGAUGGUUUUGUAUAGGUUAUCUACCAAUGUAUAAAACUGCACAUAUCUUUGUGUUCUAAUGAAGUUGAUAUAAAUCACGUUCUCAAUCCAGUUUGUUUGGAUUUGAUGUAAGCUCUGAACUAAGCACACUUUGUUCAGAAGUUGCCCUGCUGACUCAGCGGCAAAUUUCUGCCUUUGUAAAUGUCUUUCAGAAUGUCCAAUCUUUUUUACCUAGAAAUUUUUCAAUUCAUAUUCCUUGGUUCCUGUAUAAUGCCACCAUGUUGGUAUCAACAACAAGCAUAAACUUUUGCUGUUUAUUUUCAAUGACCAGGUGCAAACUACAAUUGAAGUUGAAAACUGCCAUGUGAGUUAGAAUGUUUUACAAGUGCUGGAAGCUUACCUAGGGUUAAAUUGAGGUGUUUGCUUUCAGCGUAUUAGGACGUUCAACAACUUGAAAGACUUAAGGGUAUUGCAAUAUAAUGCUUUAGAAUAUGCUUGAUGUUUUUCUCCUAACCUCAAGUAGCAAGCUUCUGGGAUAAAUUUAUUAACAGUUCAUAAUUCCCAUAGUACAUUUGUAAAUAAUUUCCUUAACUCAUUUGCUUUUAAUAAACUUGUAAAAGAUUGUACCAUAGGAUGUUUUAGAUUGAACAGCUGGGUUAACACCAUGCAAAUGUUAUGGUAUUUGGGUGAGCAAUGGGUAAAGUCAGGAUUAAAACAAUGGUUAUGGUUCUGAACACCUAAGGAGUACUCCAGCUUUGUGGUUCAUGUUAUGAAUUCUGAAUUGACUGCUUAACAGUUGAUACUACUUUAAAUAUUUCUCACUAUAGAUUGUACCAACAGUUUACCCACUGAGUAGCUGAACCACAUAAAAGGCUCCAGCUUAAUCAGUGUUCUGUUCUAAACCAGCUGAUUUCAUUUGGGGAUACAGUUGUCCUCGUUAUGCCCCUGGGUUAGGGAAAGUCAACGCUACUGUUGUCACUCCAGCAUUCUCCGCUAUAAGUGCACAAAAUUCCCACAGUUAAAUAGCAUGACAACAUGAACCUUAGUGAUGAAUGCUGACACGUGAUUGAGAUGAUAGAGGCUGCAUAGUUGCACACCAAAGGGUUGACACCUUGCAGAUUUUUAAAAUAAAAUCCUUAUUGCUGAAAUAACUAAUUAUUGAGGCAUCAGAUUUUAAUGUGAAAGUAGGCUGUAUUUGACAUUGGUCCUACCAUGUCUGUAAGGAUCAGUCUUUUGUAUUGUUGCAUUUUAUCCAGAGCAGUACUCUUGACGGUAUUCCAUUCUGUUUCAAAUUCAAAUGCUGUAUUCCUUGUUAAGUUGUUGCUAUAAUCAUGUUACACUGUCACAGUGCAUAAACAAUGGACACUAGGUUUAAUGCCAGCGUCAUUGUUUUUACUGUGCACCUGAGGAAUGCAAGGGUGUCAGUAUCUGCAUGAUCUCUUGAACAUGCUUUAAACUUGAAUGUGGAUCAGGCCAAAGUAGAUGAGUAGGGGUCAGGAAAAUUGAACAAAAAUCUAGGUAAAAAUUGAGCAAUAGAAGGCUCAGAUAUGUGAAAGUUUCUUUUUAAAAUUCAAAUCUCUUCUGUUAAAAAGGGAUAUUGUAGUUUUUUUUCUUCCCACAUAGAUGAAAGGUUAAAAUCUGGAUGCGACUCAAUAAAACUUAAGAAAAAGUUGCUUGGUUUUCUGUAUAGUCUGAUUUCAUUUUAAAACUACCUGAUCAAUCAUUGCUUUUAUCCACCCAUGGAAACUGGAGAUGUUACUUGUCCUUUAAGGACCUUACUGCUAAACACAGUAAGAUUUCAUUGGCAUUGACCAUCAUUGUUUCAUUCCUGCAGAUAAACAUUGUUUUAUACUGUAAGCUGGAGGUGAGUGUAACUUAUUUUUGUAAUAAAGAUUUUGAUUUUUAA